GUGGUGGACCUAACCCUUUACGCUGUCCCGAGAAAGACACUCUCUCUUCUCUUCCUCUUUUCUUUUACAAGCUCUCUCAUUCUCUACUCUGUCUUUUUUUGUUUUCUCUCGAUCAUAACAAAUUUUUUUUUUGAGGAAGAGAUGGGAAACUGUCAGGCGGUUGAUGCGGCGGCGUUAGUUCUACAACAUCCCGACGGCAAAAUCGAUAGAUAUUACGGUCCUGUCUCAGUCGCCGAAAUCAUGCGUAUGCAUCCUGGUCACUACGUUUCUCUUAUUAUUCCUUUGCCUGAGGCAGACAUUCCGGCAAAGACGAGGGCGGAGGAAGAAGAUGGUAAGAGUCAGAAAAGGGUCGUGAAGUUCACGCGCGUGAAACUUCUCCGACCAACAGAGAAUCUCGUACUUGGUCAUGCUUACCGUCUCAUCACUUCACAAGAGGUUAUGAAAGUUAUAAGAGCGAAGAAGUAUGCGAAGACAAAGAAGCAUCAUAAUGAAACGACUAGAGAGAAGAAAAAGCCAUCGCUGGAGAAGAAGGUUGAUGAAGUAUCUGACAAGCAUCAGAAUCUGGAAACAAAUGAUGAGAAGCAACGUGCAGUGUUAACGAGUUCAGGUUCGUCGAAAUCAAAAACAUGGAGGCCAUCAUUGCAGAGCAUCUCUGAAACUACAAGCUGAUUAUGUUUAUUUUAGUUUUUCCUUAAGGAACAAGAAACAAAAUCUCAGUGUGAGAAAAACAAAAUAAUGUGUGAAAUCAUCAGAAGAUGGACUCUUCAAGAGAAAGAGAUAUAAAUUCUUCUCUUUUACGUUCUUUUCUGGUUUUCACAUAGAUCAAGAGAAAACCUCUAUAGAGAUUAAAAUCUGAGUCCCUUUUUUUUGUCUCGCCAGUGUAUAUAAGUUCUCAAGAUCAAGAAAUCGAUUGAAAAAGGAAAUGUAAAACAGAUGAUGUGUUGGUAUUUAGGAAAAAAAAAAAGAGAUUUAUUUUACAAUUGU